AAUAUUGUUUAAAUGAUGAUGAACUUUACAAUAUUUGCCGUGAAUUAAAUUAUAAACGGAAUUAUUCGCGGAAAUAUAAAGUAACAAUAUUAUUUUAAUAGAUUAAGUCUAUAAUUGUAAAGGUGAUAUCGUAUAUUUAUGAUUUGUAUUAGCAUUAUUAUUUUAGACAAUUUAUUGUAUUUUAUUUAAAUGCGUUGUAAUCAGUAUUUAGUUUGUUUAUUUAUUAAUUUCAGAGAAUCGCAUUGUUGUAUCACAUUGAUAUAUUAUUCCAUGAAUGAGAAUAAAGAAAAGUGUUGAAAUCUGCGCAUUCUUGACUAUUUAAACGGAAGACAUCUACAAUUCUCGAUUUUACAAUUCUCGAUUCUGCUGUGACGAAAAUGCCGUCAACAAAUAGUGCUGAAACUUUGAAUCAGGAGUUUGUCAGUGUGAAGAGAUCAAAAAGUGCAAAUGGCGCUCAACUGACGAAACUAUAUAAUGAACUUGAAAAGAGCAUGAUGUCCUACAAUAAUAUUGAAGAGGUUAAACUACUGAAGAAUAAAUUAUGUGAACGCUUUGAACAUUUCAAAUCAGUGCAUUUACAAUGUUUAGAUUUGUGCGCGCAACCGGAAGUUGUUGCAGACUUGGAAGCGAACUUUGAGAGCUGUUUAAAGAACUUUGAAGAAUUCAGGGAAAGAUUUUCUCAGUGGAUCGCGGGAGCUAUUGGACCGCAAGAUGGAGAAAAUAUUCCUUUAGAAAAUGACGCAGAGUCAAAUGUCAGCCAUGGAAGUUCACGUACUUCAGUCUCGUCGCGCCGGAAAUUACAAAGUGCUAAAGCAAAGCGUUUAAUAGCAGAACACAAAUUAAAACAACUUAAAAAGAAACAAGAACUUGAACGAACUCGCCGGGAUCUUGAAAUGAAACAACAGUUGUUAGAUCAGCAGUCGGAAUUAGAAGAAGCAGAGAUAGAAGAAAUGGUGUGGUUAGAAACAACACAGGAAGAAACCGGGGUCAUAUCUAACAAUCAAAAUGCUCAGCCUGACGUACAAAAUAAUAUGACUAAUCAUAUUCAGGUGAACAACCGUACAGAUUCUGUGAGAAAUAUAACUUUGACACAGCCCAGACCGGAAAUAAACAGAUCGUGUAUACCGGAAGUUGACAGUGAGACAUCGAACAUUGACAGAUCAUUUCAAAGAUUGGCGUCAGCACUUCAUGAAGGAUUCAACUUACCGAAGCCAGAACUAUUGACAUUUGAUGGGAAGCCUGAAGGAUACUGCAAAUUUAUCAAAAACUUUGAAACAAACAUUGAAAGCAGAAUAAGUGACAAUAAUUUAAAGCUAAGUUAUCUCAUUCAGUAUUGUACAGGUAACUGUGCAGAGUUAUCACUGUGUAACAAGUUCAAGUCAAUGAGUCUCAAUGAUCGUUAUAAACUGGUAAGAUCACUUAAAUUGUGUUACAAUUGUUUAAAAGGUAAACAUUUUACAAACAAGUGUAGAAAACCAAAAAUAUGUAAUGUUACUAAUUGUAAUGUAAAACACCACAUUUUGUUACAUAGUUGGGUAAAACCCGAUAAUGGCCACACAGCAGUGCAGUCGUCGUGUAACUGUGCAGCAACAGAAGGUUCUACUGUAAAAAAUUGUCUGGGUAUUAUUCCUGUAAUAGUUAGGGGUGGGGACGGUAGUUCUUGUCAGACAUAUGCCCUGCUAGAUGAUGGGGCCGAUAAAACUUUAUGUGAUGAAAGAUUGUUACGGAGCCUGAAUAUAACCGGUAAGCCCGUCACAUUCCGGAUGUCUACGGCAAACUCACGUGAAGGUAUUAUACAUGGUCAGGAGGCCGACUUAGAUAUUCAACCUAUCGAUGGAAAUGAAAGUAUUACCCUAAGAAAAGUCUGGUCAGUAAAGUCAUUACCGAUAUCAACUCGAUCUGCAGCUAAAUAUGCAGAUAUCCGAAACUUACCGUACUUAUCCGGUAUAAAUAUUCCAGAUAUAGACACUAAUGACGUUAUGAUGUUAAUAGGGACGGAUUCACCUGUUGCACAUAUACCGCUAGAAGUGAAAUUCGGAAAUAGCGAUGAACCGUACGCGAUACGCACUCGUCUUGGAUGGGCUAUACGCGGUCCAGUUCCAACUACGCAAGAAUCCAACGAUAUUAACAUAAAUUUCUUUGAGUCACGUGACAUGUUGUUACAGCAACAAAUUGAGCGUUUGUGGACAACUGACUUUAAUGAUAAAUCACAAGUUAAGAGCUGCAUGUCUGUAGAAGAUAAAAGUGCAAUGAAAUUCAUGGAGUCAACUUUAACUCGCGAGGAUGGUCAUUACAAGCUUGGUCUUCCUUGGCGUGAUAGAAAUUCAUCAUUCGUAAAUAAUAUACCGCUUGCUCAAGACAGAUUACAGCAGUUGAAGUGCAAGUUGUCAAGUGACCAUUAUUUGCAUGAUAUGUACAGAACUACUGUAAAUGGUUACAUUGCAAAUGGAUAUUCAUCGGAUGUAGAUCACAUGGUACCAGAGAAAAUGCGUGUUUGGUAUACGCCGCAUCAUCCAGAAACAAAUGUAUACAACGUUUCUGAAACAGACAAAUUAGAUGUUUGGCAACAUGGACCAACAUUUCAUGGUAUAGGUAGGGAACACUGGCCUAAGUAUUCAGGUAAUAUUAUCCCGGAGGUGAUAAAAGAUGAUGUUGAGGUGAAAAGAGAAAUUGCUGUUAACGUUACCACUUGUGACACUAUUGGGAAGAUAAUUGAACACUACUCUGAUUGGUUCAAACUUAGAAGUGCAGUGGCAUGGUUUUUGAGAUACAAGGAUUAUUGCAAACAGCGAUAUCUGCACCAUGAUGUAGUGGUUGAAAAAGGUAAUCUCACCUUGUCUGAACUAAAGACAUCUUCUAGCGCAGUUGUAAAAUACGUUCAGAUGGAAUGCUUUGCCGAUGAGUUAAUAAACUUGCAAAAAGGAACUAAUGUUAAAGGUGAAAGUCCGAUAGCUUCAUUAAAUCCUAUACUUAAAGAUGGUUUAAUACGUACAAAAGGACGCAUUAUUUACCACGAUGAAACGAAAUGUCCAAUCAUUCUACCGAAACGGCAUCAUUUAACUACUUUAAUGAUACGUUUUUCCCACGAAAGUCAAGGUCACGUCGGAGUACAACAAGUUUUAGCAGCUACACGAACAAGAUACUGGAUAAUAAAUGGACAUAGCGCUGUCAAGCAGGUAGUAAGGAAUUGUGUACCAUGUAAACGCAAGAACAAUCCGCUUUGUAAGCAACAAAUGGGACCGUUACUUGAUGAGCAAAUCACACCAGAUAAACCGCCGUUCUCAUUUAUCGGCAUAGACUUUUUUGGUCCUUUGAUGGUAAAAUCAGGAAAGUCACAAGUAAAGAGAUAUGGGUGUAUUUUUUCUUGUUUAACAUCAAGGGCCGUCCAUUUAGAAGUUACUCAUAGUUUGAGUACAGAUUCGUUUAUCGCCGCAUUGCAACGAUUUAUUAGCCGGAGAGGUCUACCGGAAAAGGUAUAUAGUGACAACGGAACCAAUCUAGUAAGUGGAGAUUGUGAAUUACGCAAGUCCAUACGAGAGUGGAAUCAAUCCGAAAUUGGUCAAUACAUGUUGCAGCGGGAAAUGGAAUGGAACUUUAACCCUCCGUCAGCUAGUCACAUGGGCGGUAUAUGGGAACGGAUGAUACGGUCGACACGUGCAAUUUUGAGAUCGUUAGUCAAAGAGCAGCUUCUGACAGAUGAACAACUUCUUACUGUUGUAACAGAGGUUGAAAAAAUACUUAAUGAUAGACCCAUUACCCGAGUAAGCGAUGACCCAAAAGACCUCCCAGCUCUAACUCCAAGCAUGAUUUUAUUACUAAAGUCCAAUACAUGUAUUCCAGGUGGCAUUUUUAGAAAAGAAGAUACAUAUGCAAAGAGAAGGUGGAGACAGGCUCAGUAUCUUGCUGAUAUAUUCUGGAAACGAUGGAUUCGGGAAUAUAUACCUACCCUACAAUCUCGACAAAAAUGGCUGAGACCACAAAGAGAUAUCCGUGAGGGCGAUAUUGUACUCGUGGCUCAGGAAAACAUACCAAGGGGACAGUGGCCGUUGGCAGGGUUGUAA